CGAUUUCAUAAGAUAAAGCGUAUAGUUAUAAGAUAUAGCUACCAGUAAAACAUUGUUCUAUAUGAUAAUAUAAGCUGUGCAGUGUUAAGAAAUUGUAUGGAAGUCAUACAGAGCUAUUUUUAAAUGCGCUUAAUCUGGAAAACAGAAUUUUACUAAACGCUUAUAAUUAAUACACGCAUAUAUUUAUAGGCAUUACAAUGUACUUGAAGGAAAUACCAGCCAGUGACUAAAAUAUCAGGUCAUAAUUAACAUUCAGGUUAAACAUAACAUGAAGCGUGAAACGCUUACAAGUGUACAUGUAUGUCAGAGCGAGCGUUAAUAUUCUGUUGUUCGUAUUUUAAUAGAAUGUUUACUACGCAGCUGGAGUGAGGUUUAACACAGAGAAAGGAUUCAGGUCGAGGAUGUUGUUUUGAACUGAAAAACUGGAUCAUUUUGAUUUAACAAUGUCUGAACUGCAAGCAGAGCAAGAACACUCGCGUGGGGACAGUUUUUCUCUGCGGAAGUGUACACUUUGUGAAGAAGAUGAUGCAAUGUUCAAGUGUUGUGUUUGUGUGAACAUGCUAUGUGAAGAGUGUUGCACAGCACACAGAAGACAAAAGGAUACAAAAACACACAAAGUCGUUGCAAUGUCAGCAAGCGAGAACAAUCAAGUGCAUAUGCAGAUUAAUUUGAACGGAGACUGCUCGAAUUCGAAGUGUUGCUCUACAAUUGGUCAUGAGAAUCAAACGAUUGAAGGAUAUUGUUACUUGUGCAAUUUGCUUUUAUGCCGAGAGUGCAUUUCCGCAAACCAUGAAAAUCAUGAUUAUGCAUCCUUAAGCGAUGCCUUUGAUAAACAAGUGAAAACUGUCGAAUCCUAUUUGAACAAAUUACAGCAACACAGUCCAGCUAAUUUAAUACAAAAAUGUGAUAAAGCAAUGCAAGACUGCAAAGAAAACUCACAAUUACUGGCAAACAGCGUGCAGGAACAUUUCAAGCAAUACAGCAAUGCCAUUAAAGAGCAUUUGACCCUGCAGAUGGACACAAUUAAUUCAUCAACACGAAAUGAAUUGCAACAGCUACAGGAGACGAAAGCAUUCAUGCAACUCUUUUCUGAACUCGAAUCACUCAAAGCUAAAAAUAUCAAGACAGAGUUCAUUAUCAAGAGCAUUGAUGCAUUGAAAAAAGGGGAGCAGCUGGAUCCUCAGUUUCCCACAAAAAUCAAUAAAAGAAAUCUGAGAUGCGUCGCGUGUUCAACGAAUGACUUCAACGAUAUUUUGAGAAUGAUAGCCAGCGUGGGGGAGUACAAUGGAGACGAAGUGGGUGAAGCACACACUUCUUUGGUGUGUUUAGACAGUACUCCUUUUCUGGAAGCAGUCAGAUCGUUAACAAUGACCGCCACUGGCAAAGGUUCUUCGCUUCCAUGCAAAAACAAUUCAAUGCCAGAAGGGGCACACAGCAUCACGGCCAGAAAACUUUGUGACGGAAAUUCAAUGCCGAAUAUGAAUCUUAUACCAAGCGAUGUAAGUCAAGUAAAACGCGAUCCUGAAUUGAUCGAGAGCCAACAGCUAAAUGACUUGAGCGGGAAACCUGAAUUGCUGACAAUGCAGAAUAAAGCAAGUACAAAAUGUAUUCCACAGGCGAUUCGCGAGGCUGCAGUUUCAUCUGCCAUUUCAAAUUUGGCUGGAAUGCGACUUAAAAGUCGAGGUUUGGAUGCGCAUUGGCAAACUGAUGAAGAUUGUAUUUUGGUGCAUUCUGACACCCAAAGUAACGCAGAGAGGAGCCUAAACGUCAUUAUCGGCUCAAUUGAGCAAGCAAAAAUCCCUGUUCGUAAUGAAUGUCGGAGUGUGAUGAUGUCGGACAAAUGGUACUGUCGGAAAUCGUACAUUGAAACACACUACCCCAAAAUGGCUUGGAUCAGCUACAGCGAAGCCACCAAUGAAAUUGUUGUUUGUGCAACCUGCUCGUCCAUUCUUCGCGAUGUCUGCAGCGACGUGAGAAAAUUCCUUCAAGAUCAUGUUUUAAAAGUCAUUACUUUGCAGUACCCGGAAUCGUUUGCUCCCUCCAUAAUGAAACACAAACAAAGGAUUCGGCGCAUUGAAACAGAGCUGUCACAGUCUGCAUUUUCGCUAACGUUUAAUGACCAGACAAUCAUCAUACAAGGGUUUGGUUUCGCCACCACUUUAGCUUUGAGAAAACUUAAAUCGUUGGCUCAAAAGAUUGGCAUGAAGCAGGUUGAUGGAGAAGACAGAUUCGAUUCAUCUGAUGAAGACUUAGACAGUGACACAGAUGAUACAAGAUUUGAAGACACUGACUCAUUAAAGAAGAAAACCAAUAUCCGCCCCAAGUGUAACCUUGUUGUGGCAGGAGACGAGGUUGGGGUGGGAGCAGUCUGUUGUCCAGGCGGUGAUGUGACUAUUUAUGCUGUCAGGGGUGACAUCACACAACUUCCGGUUUUCUCAGUUGUGAAUCCCGCUGAUCCAAAGUUGAAGCAUAACGGAGGACUAGCAAAGAUACUUGUUCAAAAGGGAGGGCCAUGCAUUCAAACAGAGUGCACUGCAUUUGUAAACACAUUGCCUCAAAAGGAAUUGACCCCGGGCAGUUCAUUUUGUUCAACUGCCGGAUGCUUGUCAUUUUCUGCCAUAAUUCAUGCCGUUACAUGCAGAUGGGACAAACAUCCUGAAAAAUCGGCAAGAAAACUGUUGUUUGAUGCAGUCACUUCCGCUCUACAUAAAGCGGAUGAUAAAAUGAUAUCAAGUAUUGCAAUCCCCGCAAUCGGUGCUGGUACUUACAAAUACCCCGUUGACAUCUCUACAGAAACAAUUGUUGAGGCUGUCAAGAAAUUCUUGACAACAAACCCCCAUAGUGGAGUGAGAGAGUUAUAUCUUUGCGACAUGGCAACAGAUUCUUGUAUGCAAUUUGUUCGUGCUCUGGAGACACAUUUUAACGAAUCUGAAAUCAUUCUUUCCAAUCCAGAGUAUGCCUAUACAGGGACAAUUCAACAUGAACACGACGGUUCUUUGCCGAACGACACGGAGCAUAGAGACUUACAUGGACAUUUAACAUCUACAAGUGAAUAUGCAGCCUCGAAGAUAUUUCUCUUGUAGAUGCUAGUUUGCUUGGAUUUCUGUUUAUAUACAUCAGCUUCCAGAACGUUUGGGUAUUGAGAAAAAUCAUUAUAGAAUGCAAAUCGUUCGGCGUAACGUUCUUACUAAACUUAAAUAUUAUGUUGCAAGAUCGCCAUUUUCUUGUUGUUCAAAAUAUUUUGAAAGCUUUGUCUAUUUAACAACCGAUUCCAGGGGCGUAGCUUGACGAAAGUAUAUGCGUAGGCCACUUUCUGAGGAGGGGGGGGGGGGGUCACGAGGGCAUGCAUCCCCGGGAUUUCGUUUUAGCUAGGUGGUGCGUUUUAGCGUAUAUUUCUUUGUUGUAAAAACAUUAAUGAGAGUAACGAUAUCAAUAUCAUUAUGUUUUACCUUAAAUAAAUGUUGUAUGUAAUGAACAGCGUCAAAGCGCAGACUACUGGUAUGCAAAUUUCGACAAAUUAGAUACGUAACAUUAAUGUCGUAUUUUAGUGAAAAGGAAAACGAUAGAUUUGAAAUACCUGGUUUCAGAUAUAUAAAUUAAGUUUUUAUUGCAGAUUUGGCUUUUUUCUGAAAAUUGUGUAGGCCGCAGCCUACACGGCCUAUAGGAAGCUACGCCCCUGGAUUCUUGCCAGAUUUUGGACAGUGUGCUGUGGUUAUACUAUAAAUAUAGUUAGUUGUAUAUGCCAAUAUUGCGGUUGAAUGUGCUUGUGUUUUAUGUGCGUUAUUACAGUAUUAAGUGUCUCUACAAAGCAUUUAAACAAACAAUCAUUAUUUAUACAUGUAUUUACCGUACUUUAUUACUUUACCUUUUUCAUUUUGUUAAAGGCCUUCAAACGUGCAGAAGUGGGUUGGAAAGACCACUAAUUAAAUCGUUUCAAAAGUUCAAGUUUUAUUUAGUUUUGAGGAACAAUAUUUUAGUGAGUAAAAUAUUCACCCUUUGUGAGAUGCCUUGGGGUAAUAAGGAUUGGACCAAAUUUUACGAAAGAAGAUAUUAUCAGAUUUUUGGAUCAAAAAGUCUUCAUUUGUAAAAAUGAACUCCUAAUUACAUCUAAACAUGUCACAACGGAUAUAUGUAUUAUACUUGCUAAAUAUUGAACCUCGAAACUGAAUUAUGUUUCUAAACAUAUUAUAAUUUGGUACUUCAAACGACUUUUGCACUGUCGAGAGUCCUUGAUUGGUUUAUAACAAAUAACAUAGGGCGUAGGUAGGAUUGUUUCGUGACUUGAUUGUAGCUGUUUCAUUGUGUGUCAUAUUUAAAUAAUUUUAUACCUGAAAAAAAGUCCGACUAAAACAUUCAUUAUUUUAACAUAAGUAUGGAUCUCCGGACAGAAUUUCCGUAUUUUGAUAGCCUCGACGCAUGCGCCAAUCACUUAAAAUCAUACCACAAUACUGCGCAAAUGGAAAAGGACAAAUAUCGGUCGAAUUCAAUGAAACAUAUAUUGUAUCAUUUUGUCUCAAAUAAUUUUAUAUUUUACAGGUAUGAAGUAAAAGAAAUAGUUAGUUGAUAUGUGCGAUUGUAUCACUUCUCAUUUUUUGAGUUAAUAUACAUCGUAAAAGACUUUCGCUCUUGUGCGAUAUGCACUUUAGACUAGUCACUGCCAACAGAUCAACCGACUAACGUAUUAUAAACUCUGCUCAAGAGCAGCACACAGCUUGUACAACAUUUUGUAUUUUUGUGAGAUUUGCAAAAAUAAAUAGCUUUUUGAGUA